AUGGUGUUCGAGCGACUUCGGAGAUAUCAACUUCGAAUGAAUCCAUUGAAAUGUGCCUUUGGAGUUACUUCUGGAAAAUUCCUUGGUUUCAUUGUUCGACAUCGGGGAAUCGAAAUUGAUCAAGCCAAAGUUGAUGCGAUUUUGAAAAUGCUCGAGCCUCAAAAUAUUCAUGAGUUAAAAAGUCUGCAAGGGAAGCUAGCUUAUAUUAGGAGAUUCAUUUCGAAUUUAGCUGAAAGGUGCCAACCAUUCAGUCGUCUCAUGAAGAAGGGCGCCCCUUUUAAGUGGGACGAAACAUGUACUAGUGCCUUCGAUAAUAUCAAGUCAUAUUUAAUGAAGCCUCCAGUUCUAGUAGCCCCUGUACCUGGAAAACCAUUGAUACUGUAUAUUUCAGCACAAGAAAGGUCGGUUGGAGCAUUGUUGGCCCAAGAGAAUAGCGAAGGGAAAGAAAAUUCUCUUUACUACUUGAGCAGAAUGAUGACACCUAAUGAGCUGAAUUACAUGCCAAUUGAAAAGUUGUGUUUGGCGCUAGUCUUCUCGAUUCAAAAGCUGAAGCACUACUUUCAAGCUCAUAGUGUUAACCUCAUUUCCAGAGCAAAUCCCAUCAAGUUUGUUAUGUCAAAACUAGUCCUCAGUGAUCGACUAGCAAGGUGGUACCUCCGGUUUCAACAAUUUGAGAUUACGUACAUCCCUCAAAAGGCUGUAAAAGGACAGGCAUUGGCAGACUUCCUAGCAGAUCACCCGAUACCUGAUGACUGGGAGCUAACUGAUGAACUUCCCGACGAAGAUGCAAUGGUCGUUGAAAUUCAAUCUCCGUGGAAAAUGUACUUUGAUGGUGCUGCACAAUGUGAUGGAGCUGGUGCUGGUGUGGUGUUUGUUACUCCGCAGGGAGAAGUUCUACCAUACUCCUUUACUUUGACACAACGUUGCUCCAACAAUGUCGCUGAAUAUCAAGCACUAAUACUUGGACUUGAAAUAGCCGUCGACAUGAAGCAGUUGCAGUUGCAAGUCUUUGGUGACUCUCAGUUGGUGAUCAAUCAACUCUUGGGAAGCUAUGAAGUCAAGAAGCCUGAAUUACUCCCCUAUCAUGGUUAUGCUCAGAAAUUGAUAGGAUGGCUUGGUGAUGUGACUCUUCAGCAUGUUCCUAGGAGGGAAAAUAAGAAAGCCGAUGUUUUAGCUGCUCUAGCUUCUGCGCUUAUUCUGCCGGAUCAAACACAAGUGACUAUCUGUCAAAAAUGGGUAGUACCUCCGUCAAAUGAGGAUGAAGGCGCGGAAAGUGAGCUUGAGCAUCUCGUAGCUGUUUCUGAAGCUGCAAAGGAAGACUGGCGACAACCCAUCAUUGACUACUUAAGUUAUGGGAUACUGCUAGAAGACUCAAGAAGAAGAACUGAGAUUCGUCGUCGUGCGCCUCGAUUCCUUUACUACAAGGAUACCUUAUAUAGAAGAUCUUUUGAGGGGAUACUCUUGCGAUGUUUGGGGGAGGAUAAAACAGUCCAAGCUUUGCAAGAAGCACAUUCAGGAGUAUGUGGAUCACAUCAAUCUGGACCAAAGCUCCACUUCCACAUCAAAAGGAUGGGAUAUUAUUGGCCAACGAUGGUGAAAGAUUGCUUGGACUAUGCUCGAAGAUGCAAGGCUUGUCAGUUUCAUGCGAAUUUUAUACAUCAGCCGCCCGAAGCAUUACACCCGACCAUCGCAUCUUGGCCAUUUGACGCUUGGGGGUUAGAUGUCGUUGGUCCAUUGCCGAAAUCUUCUGGUGGACACUUGUACAUCUUGGCUGCAACUGAUUACUUCUCAAAAUAA